CAUAUUGAUGUUACACUCUUCCACACAUUUCUCUUUAAACCAAUUAGUUAUCUUCUAUUUUUCAAGUAACUUAAGGUUUCAAACCUAGGAAGUUGGAAGUCAUGGCAGCAACAUUGAUGGCAGCAACAACAAGUUCUGGUACUCUUAAAGCAACUCCUUUCCUUGGCCAAGGCAAGGGUGCCAAUGCCAAUGCUCUUAGGGAUGUUGUCUCCAUGGGAACUGGGAAGUACACCAUGGGCAAUGAUUUGUGGUAUGGACCAGACAGAGUGAAAUACUUGGGACCCUUCUCAGCUCAGACCCCUUCAUACUUGAAAGGAGAAUUCCCUGGGGAUUAUGGAUGGGACACUGCUGGCUUAUCUGCUGACCCAGAAGCAUUUGCCAAGAACAGGGCUCUUGAGGUGAUCCAUGGGCGAUGGGCCAUGCUUGGAGCACUAGGAUGCAUCACCCCAGAGGUGCUAGAGAAGUGGUUGAGAGUGGACUUCAAGGAGCCAGUGUGGUUCAAAGCUGGAGCCCAAAUAUUCUCCGAAGGUGGGCUUGACUAUUUGGGAAACCCAAACCUUGUCCAUGCACAAAGCAUCCUGGCAGUGCUGGGCUUCCAAGUUAUCCUAAUGGGCCUUGUUGAAGGGUACCGCAUCAAUGGGCUUGAUGGGGUGGGAGAGGGCAAUGACCUCUACCCUGGGGGCCAGUACUUUGACCCACUGGGCCUAGCUGAUGACCCAGUCACUUUUGCUGAGCUCAAAGUCAAGGAGAUCAAGAAUGGAAGGUUGGCCAUGUUCUCUAUGUUUGGAUUCUUUGUUCAAGCUAUUGUCACUGGAAAAGGUCCAUUGGAGAACCUUUUGGACCACCUAGACAACCCUGUGGCCAACAAUGCUUGGGUCUAUGCCACUAAGUUUUCCCCAGGGUCUUAAAAUGUAUAUGACUUCUUCUUCCCUAAUCCCUAUGAUCCCAUCCCUCGUGCUUGCCUUUGUGAUUUAUGUGUAGAUUAUAUGAUCACAAUAAUUGUUGGAUUAGUGUACUUCUUAAGGACUAAGGUUCAAUUUAAACCUCGGAUGUCUCUUGUUUGUUAAUAUAGUUUUGUCUGAAGCAACCAAUGAGAAAGGUAUAGCAAUGUUGAAGUCGGGAUGCAAUGUUUAAAGAGAAUUUGAUACUCUCUUUUAACACUUUCAAUUAUUGAUUGGUGUUUAUAUGAA